ACUGUUGGCGCCUUUAUAGCUGCGAUUUUGUUUUUUGUUUAUUUAUAAGAUUUAACCAUGUAUCGCAAUCGCAAAAAGCGAAAUCAAAAGCCAUUAAAUGCCAUAGAUGAAAAUGACACCAUAAAAAUUCCGCGUCAUGAGGACACCAGCAAAGAUGAGGCAAACACAGAAGUUUCUAUUGAAUUCAUGAGCAGUGAGGAGAAUAUACCAGCAUCCCAGGAGCACACUCAGCGUUUCCUUUCCCAGCACAGCACAAUUUUGGCAGCCACCUUGGGUCGGACACAAUCGUCGGGAAGAAAUGGCUUGGGAACUUCUCGUCAGCCAAAUAGUUUCUUCGAGCUUGUUCUCAUAAGAUCUGGCGUGCAAUUGGAUCAAGGUGAUACUUUUGUUCUCUCUUGUGACCAUGUUUCCAUUGUCUCGAAGCUUCGGGAUAUUUUUCUACGCGCCCCGGGCUAUGCCGACAAAGUGGAAACAUUUAAAACUGGCCUCAAUUUGGCGCUGUCUUCCAAAUCAAAAAUGGCACAGAAGCUGCUCAGUGGCUGCACGGUGGAUGCUGCAGGCGAGGAGCAAAUCUAUCAGUCACAAAACAGCAUUUUUAUGAACUUUCUAAUGAUUGAUUUCCUGAGAGAACCUUGCCUCGAGGUGUUAUUAAACAAAAUCGAAGAGAUGGCCACAUCAGAGGAUCUCCUGAGUGGACAGGCGGUUGGAGGAGGCAUUUCAUUAUUGCCACUCAUGCUCGCUCAAUUGCGUUAUAUGACCCUGUCGCAUAGCGAAGAAAUCUACAAACGCAUAGAACGUGUCUUUAACAAUGCCCAUCAAUCUGCCAGAUUGGACAUUAUCAAUAAUGCCGAAUUUGUACUCGAUGCCAGCAAGCAUGAUGAAUUUGUGGACUUGCUUAUUAUAAACUACUCAUCCAAUGAAGAACUCUUUCAUAUGACCACCGUGCAAACGCUGAGCAAUUUAUCGUUGAGUCCAGGAGUUCAGAGUAGACUAUGUGGACGGAUUUUGGAAUUCAUAACAAGUGGCUGCUGCCCAGAGACGACAAUGCCACAUUGCAUUAGGCUCUUGUUAAAUUUACUUAAAACAGACACAGAUGAAAGUGUGCGACAGUUAAUAGUAAGUCUGCGGGAAAUUUUCAACUGGUAUCAAGGUGCCAACUCCAAUUUGGCCAACGAUAAGAAAUCACAACUUGAGCUCUUCGAAUUCUUGAAAUUGGGUCUUAUACGAUCGCAACGUUUCUAUCAGUUAUGGCAGAGAUCUAUAUCUGGUUUACGUUCGAACGCAUUCAAAUCAUUUGAUUUGAUUAUGUUGCUUUUGCUGAUAGAUGUCAAUGAGGACAACUCCAUGUAUAUAGAGAAUAUACUUCGUCGACGCAUUAAAUUGGAGUACAUUACGGUGGAGAUACUUGAGGAAGUUAAAUUACACUAUCCUCAUAUAUUGGAGCAGAAUAUUAGCAUACUGAUGCAUCUACUGCAUGGUUUUAUGCGUGAAAAGAAUCGUGCUGUAUCGGAUUUUGCCAAAUCCGCUUAUGGCAUGCUUUUCAAAAUAUUCGAUUCCAUACAGAAAAGUAUUUUGAAAAAACUGCUCGAGCUGACGUGUGACAAGUCAGCGAAUCAUUUAACUACCACAGCUUUAAAUCUAUUACGAGAGCUUCAGUGUAAAAAUCCAAAAGGUGUUCAGAAUUGUGCCAUGCUCUUGAUACCAUUGCUUGAUCGUUUGAGUGACCUGACAUUAUCCCAAACACGUCUGGCCAUGGAUCUGCUUUGUCAUGUGGCAUUUCCAGAUCCUAAGCUAACGGAAUGUGUCCAAUUGCAAGAGCAAAUCGAUAUGGUGGUCAAGAAGCAGCUAAUUAAUCGGGAUGAUUCUGUGAAGAAGCAGGGAAUCAUCGGUUGUGUUCAGCUUGUAGAUGCAGUCGGACGCAUUGAGUCAAAUGAAAUACAGCCAGAUGAUUUUGUGUCGCGUGUGGAUAAUAUAGAUAUGCUGCAGGGGCGUGGCAAAAUGGCAAGCAAUUUGAUCAUCAUUACUCAAUCCUCAAUUAUUAAUAAUGCUGAAUUGAUGGCUCUAUUCUUUGAGGAAUUGGCAAAUGUUUUCUAUGAUCGCUGCACCAAUAACGAGAAUUCAUGUCAUCUGGACAAGGAUUUAGUUAUAUGGCUAUGUGAGGUGAUGACCUUUCGUUUUCAGAGUAUCUUUGUGACCGAAGAUGAGCCCGAUACAAUCAAAGGUAUUCAAUUGGAAUAUCAAAAAAAUAUUAACGAAUUGGACGAUUCAAAUAUCGAAACUGAAACUGAGGUACUCAAGAUUGGAAUCAAUAUAUCUAAGCUGGUCUUGGCCCCAAAAAAUCAAGCCUCUGAAUCUAUAUAUGUGAUGGCGCCACUCUUUAAUUUGGUCAGUGUACUUCACAAUUUACGCUAUCAGUAUAGUUUAGAAUCGAUAAAUGCCUUGCUGGGCUGUGCCAUUGUGUUGCCCAAAUUCAUUGAUGACGGCAACUAUUUGGCCAUCUAUGACAACUUUAGCGAGGAUCAGCAGAAAGCUGUGCUAACGAUCUGUUUUCACACCAUCAACUGGAUGAGAGUUACGAUCAGUGCAUUCACAUCUCAAAAGCAUCCUGCCACAAGGAGUCGUGUGCUCCUUCGUUUGGAUGAACUAAUACACUUGGAACAGAAGGUGAAAACGCUUUUGAAACAUGCCCCUUUGGAUUUUGUACCGCCACCAUAUCAAUUUUUAAGUAAUGCCAAACAAAUGGGAGCAAAGCAGACACAUCCAAAUGCAAGGACACUGCCCGCUGGUCGAGGUGAACACAAUGAAACAGUCAUGGAUCCAUGUGCCAUGGCCAAUCAGUCUACGUUGCCCGACAUGACCAUGAGGCUGGGACCUUGCAAGACCAUCAAGAACAAAAUUGACUUCGAGCAUCUGUAUAGCCAUCAGGAGAAAUAUAGACCGAUGGGUGCUGGCAUUAUUAUUUUGUUGGUUGAACAAAAAUUCACCCUUAAUUAUCCCUUGGAGUCCGAUCAGGUGGGACACUUUUUGGGCCUCUCAGAGUUUCGAUUUCUCCUCGUGGAUCUAGUGCAAAAACUCGAAGCUGCCGUUCUUGGACAGCACACGGAUGCCACAGAUGCUGAUUCGCAAUUGCUUCAUGUCAGCAAACCGGAGUAUCUUAUUAAUGAUCUUCAUACAUGUCUGCCAGAAGUGAAUAAGAAUUUAAUUAUCUUGGCUCAGGCAAUCGAUGAGCAGAUGGCUCAGGUAAAUAAUGUCUAUAGCAAUUUGGAUUUGUUCAAGGAGAGAUUCAAUUAUGUGAAAGCCUGCUUUGGUCUCUGUAUACGUUUAUUUGCCUUGUACUUUGCCUGGAACGAAUGGACCGAUAAAUCGCAUGCAGAUUUACUGCACAAAUCGUUAUAUAUGCUCAUGCCUGCAGACCAGUGGAGGGCUCUCAGAAAACAAACCGUUUCCAAAGUCGCAUCGCAAAUCUUUGAUUAUUUCAUCAAGUAUGAAAAGUCAGUGCUAACUUUGAGUACAACAGUUCAACUCCAUCGACUUGUAUGCAGUUUGAGUAAAUUUUGCGAUUCUGAUGAUUCCAGUCAACCUAGAUUCCAGCAAGCCGAAGAUACGCGCGAUCUUUGUGAAAAGUUUCUGCGUCGGAAAUGGUUCAAUUUCACGGGAAAUUUGGAAAAGGGCAGUCAAUGUAACAUUUAUUUGGAUGAGUUGGUCAAAGGUUUCCUUAAAAGCUCUUUGUAUGAUCGACAAAAGAACCUUUUGCAUGCCCUAAAACAGGAAUGUAUGCUGCUUAAUACAAAGGACAAGUCUUUAAAUUCAUAUCCCAACUUUAAAAAAGCCAAUUUUCCCAUACUAUUUCGUGGCGUGUGUGAGGUUCUUGUUAACACUUUGAGUGUCCAAUUGGGUGUGGAUACUGAUGGAGAUCGCUUUAAACUUUGGGAAUCAACAGUUGACCUCUUGAAUGGCCUACUAAACAUUGUCCAAAAAGUGGAACAGCCUCGAAACUUUUCAUUAUUCCUCAAGCACUCGUUGAUGUUCCUAAAGCAACUGCUCCAACAUGGAGUGCCAUUGCUGGAGACCAUUGUGCGCGAAGAUCCCACGCGUCUCACCAAGUUUUUGCAUGAACUACAGAAUGUCACAAGAUUCCUGCAUCAACUUUGCUGCCAUUCGAAGCUCAUCAAGAACACCGCCAUCAUAUCGUACAUACCCUCGCUGCGUGAAACUAUCGAAGUAUUGGUAUUUCGGGUCAAGGCUCUAUUAGCUGCUAAUAACUGCCAUUCGGCUUUUCACAUGGGCAACAUAAUCAAUAGAGAUUUGCAUGGCGAUGCCAUUACCACGCCGGUUGGCUCAAUUAUAAGCGAGGAGAACAGUGAUGAGGACAUACCCGAAGAUGAUGCCAGUGUGGAUGAGACUAUAAUGACCGAUGAAAUGGCUGGCAUUAGUUCCAGUUCGAUCAGACCAAGCACAAGCGGCGGCAGUCGUAGCAAAUCUUCGUCGCGCAGUAAAUGUUUCUAAGAACAAUUUAACAAUAAAAAACAUACAA